CACUUACUUCAUAAUUUACUUGUUUUUUUGAGAAACGUGAAUUUACGUUGUUUUUAUUAUUAAAUAUUUAAGCAAAAUGUCAGCACGAGGAUUAGUACUAUUGGGCCAAUGCAUGCCCUGCAUUAAACAAAAUGCUUCCAAAAUACGUAUUCGUCGAAUGGAGCUGGAUAAAAAUCUAAAUAUGUACUUUAAAAAGGAUACAUUCUUCUUUGCCCACGAUCCACAAAAGGUGUGCAAGACAGGCGAUAUUGUAUUAAUAAGAGAGCUGCCCGAACGCCUGACACGAUUAAUAACCCACAAGGUGGAAAAAGUGGUUUAUCCCCUGGGUGACAUAACCGAUCCAAUUAGCGGUAAAAAAGUCGUUGUCGGAAAAUACCGUGAGGACAUCGAAAUGGCAAAUCAGCUGUUUGGCAAAUCAGAAAAGGCAUUCGAUUACGAUAAGGCACCGGCGCGUGGUCGCCUGGAAGGCACCAAGGACUUUACCCAUGGCGAAACCUACAUCAAAUACCACGAGGAUGGCAAAGAUCAGCCCUUCGCCGUGUAGCCCCAUAGUACCAACUUGCUCUAAGUAGGCCCUUAAGUAGUUAAAGAAAGCAGUCGAAAUUACAUUUUACUAAAUAUUU